ACGGUGCGUGCGUCUCCCUGUCGGGCACCCGCAGCAUCAGCAACACAAAAGGGUUGGAGCUGCCGGAGCUUUACCUCAGCGCCGAUCACAAGGAGGCAUCGCGUUGGGAAAAAAAGAGAGAAGACGACAGGGCAAAUUCCAGCCCUUCAAACGACUCUUCGGGAGAAAGAAGAAGAGGGAGACCAAAGGGGGCUUUGAUGGAGCAGAGCUAAAGGCCAGUUUUUCUACCGGGGAAGUGCGCAAUGGAGUUGUAUCUGACGAUGAGGAGUCCAGUCAAAAUCUGAGGGAUUUGAAUCCCAUCGGAUCACGAGCCCUCUCACACGACAGCAUCUUUAUUCCAGAGGAGCCGGUGACCGAGGCCGGUCUAGAUCACAGCAUGUCCCAGGAAAACGUCUCGGAUAAAGUCAGGAAUCUGCAGAAGCAGAUAGCACAAGGUAUAAAGUUUGGCCAGAGACCUCCUUCUUUAAGGAAAAGCGAGGGAGAUGAGGGAAGUUCGGAUGAGGAAGAGGUUCCUCGGAGUCCUCUGAAGGUUCUGGCCCAGGUAGAAGCCGAGCCAGCAAUCACAGAGCCAAAGCAGGUCCAGGAGGCUCAUCAAGCCGGACCUCACAGCACCCCAGUGAAGUCACCGAGGUCCAAACGAGUUCUUCCGCCCACUGGUACCAUCGAGUCCAUCAAUCUGGACUCUGUUCCACAGUCUGUUCCUCGCCUGGACAACACCGCUGCCAGGCAUAAGCUGUCAGUCAAACCCAAAAACCAGAGGAUUUCCCGCAAACACCGACGGUUUACACAGGACCUCCAGGAAGUUGAUAUUCCUGGUGUGUUGCAAGAGGACUUCGAAGCAGCAGGUUUCUCCACAGACGCCCAACGCAGAGCAUCUGUUGAGUCCCUAGGAAGCUUCAAGAAACAGAGACUACAUGAGGAGGAGAGACAGGAGACGAGGAGGAGGAGGGACCUGGAGGAGCAGAGAAUCAGACAGGAGGAGGAGGAGGAGAGGAGGAAGAGAGCAGCAGAGGAGCUGAGGCUGCGUCAACUAGAGGAGGAGAGGUGUCGUAAACAGCAGGAGGAGAAAGAGAGAAAGCUUAGAGAAGAGACGGAGAGGAGGAGGAAUGAAGAGGAGAGAAUAAUUAGAGAGGAAGAUGAAAAGAGGCGACGAGAGGAGGAAGAGCGGAUGCGAAGGGAGGAGGAGGAAAGGAGGAAAGAGGAAGAGGAAGAAGCGAGGAGGCAGCAGGAGCUCCAGGCUGAGAAGAAGAGGAAGCUAAGAGACGAGGAAAAGCAGAGGAAGAAAAAGGAGGAAGCGAAGAAGCUGAGGUUGCAGGAGAUUGAAGAAAAGAAAAGGUUGGAAACAGAGAGGAUGAGGAAGGAGGAGGAGGAGCAGAGGAAGGCUGAGGAGGUGCGCUGGAGGGAGAUGGAGGAGAGACAGAGGCCUUUCUCUUUCAAAGUUUCCUCUGGAGAAAAACAGAUUUUGUUCCAGAAGGUCAACCUGACGCCUGUAACGCCGGCGUCCAGCUACCAGAGCGCUGCUGCAGCCGAGCGAAGAGAGAGCGCGUCCUCCUCUGAAGGACCAGAGUCCCCGAACCUGCCAACGUCUCCAUUCGUCCCCCACACCGCCAUCCUGGUGACGGGCGCCCAGCUCUGUGGGACGGCCGUCAAUAUGGACCAGAUCAAAGACAGCGCCUGCAAGUCUCUGCUGGGUUUGGGAGAGGACAGGAAGGCCCAGGGAACACCGCCGACCAAGAGCAAGACCUCACCGGACCGCAAGUCUGGCAAAACCAAGUCCCUCAACGAGUCCUCGCUCUCUACAGACCAGUCUGUCCUGGCAGAAUGGGCGAGCAUCAGAUCAAAGAUAUUCAAGGGGGUGGAGGAGGGGAAAUACGACGAACAGCAAGAACAGAGCAAGAACCAGCCUCAGCCCGGCAGCGAAGACACGCCUGGGUUCUCCCACACCAACCUCAGGAAGACCAUGUCCGCCAGCGCCAAGUUCUCCAUCACUCCUGCGAAGAAGAAGUUUGGAGAUUCCAACAGGAACUCUGAGGUGUUUGGUGCAGAGGAAAAGGAAGCAGGAGAGGAGGGUUCUUCGCCUGAAAGCCCCAUCGCAGCCUCCCCGGCUCCAAGCAGCAAACCUCAGAACAGGACGAGUAAAUCCGUCCGAAUCGUAGAAAGAGGUUCAGAGGAGUGUAUGUUUGCCAAAGACCUCCCCUCUUUCCUGGUUCCUAGCCCUGGAGCUAAACCUGAGGUGUCAGAGUUAAAGAGCAGGGGUCGAAGUGAGACGGGGGCGUCUGAAAGUGGAGAGGAGGGAGAGGAGGGAGAGGAGGGAGGCCAGGAAGGCGACGACAAUCCUUCGCCUUUCGGCAUAAAGCUGAGGAGGACCAACUUCUCCCUCCGAUUUCACAGCGAACAGUCCACUGAGAAAAGGAAGAAGCGCUACAGUGCUGGGGACAGCUUUGAGGGCGUCCCCUCCCCGCUCACCCCCAUGGAGACAGACUCUGAUACCUCCUCUGUCUUUUCUGACAAAUCCAUUAGCCCAUCAUCUCCGCAGAAAGAAGGCGCGGCGGGCAAGUACUUACGCGCAUCUGCCUCCCCCGCUGCGCCUCGGGCGAAACCUGGAAAGUCUUCCAGCUCCAGCACGCACAGCGAAGGUGAGAAACUGCUUUCCAAGCCGCCCAUCUACAGAAGACCAACCACGUCACCCAAACCAAGUGGAGCCGUCCCCACCCCUCCCCCGUCGCCGCUGCCUAAGGAGGUCCAUGUUGUUGACGCUGUGAUUCAGAGGACAGGGGCCGCAGAGUCGUCCAGCCAGGAGCAGACCCUCAGGAGCGAGGAACAUUCAGCGGUGGCUCAGCUUCACCGCAGCAGCCAGAGCCAGGUCCGAGAGGAGGAGGAGCCGAAGGAGAAGAGAUCCUUCUUCCCCUCCAUCAACAUCCCCUGGAGAGAGAAGACAGACAGGAAGGCAGAGCUCAUCAAGAAAGGUCAGCGCUACUUAGAAAAACCAUCCUUACAGAGCAGGCACUCACUGGACAGUUCGAAGAUCCAGGAGAAGGAGGGGCCCCUGUGGAUCACACUGGCUCUGCAGAAGCAGAAGGGCUUCAGAGACCAGCAGCAGAACAGAGACGACCGCCGCAGCCACAGAGAGGCCAAACUGGCUGAGAAACACGGCAGAGACAGUGUUACGCUGGUGAGCCCCACAGAGAGCAGAGGAAGCGGCAGCACCAGUCCGUCCCCUAAACCGCAAACCCCAGAGGGGCCCAAGAGACCGGACAGCCUGCUGGGACGCUUUGAGAGGCGAGAACACCUGAAGAAAGCCAACACCUUACCCAGCUCUGUCACAGUUGAGAUUGCAGACUCUACACCGUCGCCCCCUGCUGUCAAGGAGGUGUCAAAGCGCUUCCCCUCCAGUGACUCUCCGCAGGUCUCCACGGAGCCGGCCUGGCUGGCCCUGGCCAAGAGGAAGGCCAAAGCCUGGAGCGACUGUCCUCAGAUCAUAAAAUAACUUCCCACUGGACUCUGGCCUG